AUAAGACCGGUUCCUCUCCUUCCUCCUCGAACCCCUUCUCGUGUUUCUCUCUCUCUUUCUCUUUCAACAUCUAGGUUUCUCAGCCAAUUCAUGCGCCAUCGCCCCGAAACAUGAGCUUUGCCAGCCUCGGGCGGUCCCUCUUGCGAUCGGCGCGUUCCCGGUCCCCCAGGGUAACUGCACGCCGAUCCCUCCUCCCACUUCUUCCUGUUGCAUUAUCCAACGGUAACAAUGGUGCGCGGCCCGUGCUCUCCGGCGAAGCACUCCUUCAUAAGCCUUGCAUUGGAUACGAGAACGUCGCCGGGACGAGGGGUUACCUGACUUCUCUUGGAGCGAAUAAGGCCGUCGGCGUUGGGAACCGGCUAUUGGAUUGGCGGUUCCUGCUAGCGAAUCCUAAUUUUAGGCGGUUCUUCUCCAGUGGAAAUCCGAACAAGAAAAAUUACGAGAACUACUUCCCAAAAGAUAAGAAGGAAAUCCCAAAAGGGAAUGCAAAUAACAAAUCGGAUCCAAAAGGGGAUUCAAGCACAGAAGAUCAUGGAAAUUUCCAGGAGAAUUUUAUGAAGCAGUGGCAAAGUCUUAUCACCCCUCUUAUAUUUAUUGGCUUGUUGUUUUCAUCUUUUUCUAGAGGUUCCUUUGACCAGAAAGAGAUUAGUUUUCAAGAGUUCAAAAACAAGUUAUUGGAAGCAGGUUUAGUUGAUCAUAUUGUUGUAUCCAAUAAAUCAGUCGCCAAAGUUUAUGUCAAGAAAUCUCCUCAAAUAAACAAUCAAACACAAGACAAUGAAAUUCAUGGUCCAACAACCGAUGUUUCUAGCAGACAUGCUCCCAGCCGUUACAAGUACUAUUUCAACAUUGGAAGCGUGGAAUCAUUUGAAGAAAAAAUGGAGGAGGCUCAGGAAGCAUUGGGCAUGGACCCACAUGAUUAUAUUCCUGUGACUUAUGUCUCAGAAGUAAUUUGGUAUCAGGAGCUGCUGAAAUUUGCACCAACGGCUUUCCUUCUUGGUUUUAUCUACUUUAUGGGGAAAAGAUUUCAGGGUGGACUUAGCGUGGGAGGCGGCACAAGAAAGGGAAAUCGAGGUAUUUUUAACAUUGGAAAAGCUCAUGUGACUAAGAUGGAUAAGAAUUCAAAAAAUAAGGUGUUUUUCAAAGAUGUUGCUGGCUGUGAUGAAGCUAAACAGGAAAUAAUGGAGUUUGUGCACUUCCUUCAAAAUCCUAAGAAGUAUGAGGAACUGGGAGCUAAGAUUCCUAAAGGAGCCCUUCUUGUAGGUCCUCCUGGUACAGGAAAGACACUUCUAGCGAAAGCAACUGCAGGUGAAUCUGGUGUGCCAUUUCUAUCAAUUUCUGGUUCAGAUUUCAUGGAAAUGUUUGUUGGCGUUGGACCGGCCAGGGUGAGAAACUUGUUUCAAGAAGCUAGACAGUGUGCUCCUAGUAUAAUUUUCAUUGAUGAAAUUGAUGCUAUUGGUCGAGCAAGAGGUCGUGGAGGUUUUUCAGGUUCAAAUGAUGAACGAGAAAGCACACUGAACCAGUUGCUUGUGGAAAUGGAUGGAUUUGGAACCACCUCAGGAGUAGUUGUGCUUGCUGGUACCAAUAGACCUGAUAUAUUGGAUAAGGCCUUACUAAGACCUGGCCGAUUUGAUCGCCAAAUAACAAUUGAUAAGCCUGAUAUAAAAGGUCGAGAGCAGAUCUUUCGCAUUUAUCUUAAAAAGAUCAAGCUUGAUAAUGAUCCAUCAUUUUACUCCGAGAGAUUAGCUGCUCUCACUCCUGGAUUUGCUGGUGCUGACAUUGCCAAUGUUUGUAAUGAGGCUGCUUUGAUUGCUGCAAGAAGUGAAGAAACACAAGUUACGAUGCAUCAUUUUGAGGCUGCUAUUGAUAGGAUUAUUGGUGGAUUGGAGAAGAAAAAUAAGGUAAUUAGCAAGUUGGAACGUCGGACUGUUGCUUACCAUGAAGCAGGUCAUGCUGUCACUGGAUGGUUUUUGGAGCAUGCGGAGCCCCUUCUGAAAGUCACUAUUGUUCCUCGUGGAACUGCUGCUCUGGGUUUUGCUCAAUAUGUGCCUAAUGAAAAUCUUUUAAUGACUAAAGAGCAGCUCUUUGACAUGACAUGUAUGACUCUAGGUGGCCAUGCAUCUGAAGAGGUUUUGUUAGGAAAAAUCUCCACUGGAGCACAGAAUGACUUGGAGAAAGUGACAAAAAUGACCUAUGCCCAGGUUGCAGUCUAUGGUUUUAGUGACAAGGUCGGUCUCCUUUCUUUUCCCCAGAGAGAGGAUGGUUUUGAAAUGACGAAGCCCUAUAGCAACAAGACUGGAGCCAUCAUUGACACUGAGGUGAGGGAAUGGAUCUCCAAGGCUUACGAGAGGACGGUUGAGCUGAUAAAGGAGCACAAAGAUCACGUGGCACAGAUUGCGGAGCUCCUCCUCAAGAAGGAAGUGCUGCACCAGGAUGACUUGGCACAGGUCCUAGGUGAGCGGCCAUUCAAAUUAACUGAGCCUACAAAUUACGAUAGGUUUAAGCAAGGGUUCCAAGAAGCAACUGAGAAGAAAAGCCAAGAGACUUUGGAGGGUUCCAUAGUUGCGGAUGGUGAUGGGUCAUCAUCACUUGAUGGGGAGGUCGUUCCUACCUGAAUUCUUCUUGGCCAAGUUAUCAACAACAACUCAUGGGUCGGUUGCGCUGAAGAAGCGUUGGUUGCAGAUGUAUUAUUUGGUUACAUGCAAGCAAACGUAGAAGGGACGUCGGGGUCCAUUGAUAGUAGGAGACGG